UCCCAAGCUAAUUCUUCCAAACAAUUGACUUGUGUGGAACAUUAACGGCCACGACUAAACACACAGGGAAGAUAUCCACCCCUGAGGAUGAUACUCCUUCGCUUGACAUGUCACCCGCGAUGUCCGAUGGUGGCCGGUGGAUUGACCUCAGUAUGUGUGGCUGUUGUGGGGCCCUGCGGCCUCGCUACAAGAAACUGGUAGAUGCCAUCUUUCCUGAAGAUCCACAGGAUGGCCUUGUGAAGACCAACAUGGACAAGUUGACGUUUUACACCAUCCGUGCUCCAGAGAAGCUGGACCGUGUGGGGGAGUACCUGGCACAGAGACUCAGUAGGGACGUGUCCCGGAACAGGAAAGGGUAUGUGGUGAUAGCAAUGGAGGCACUAGACCAACUGCUGCUGGCCUGCCAUGCACAAAGUAUCAACCUGUUUGUAGAGAGCUUCCUGAAGAUGGUGUCGAAACUGCUGGAAUCCCGGGAUCCUGAUUUGCAGAUUCUUGGCUCCACUUCUUUUGUGAAGUUCACCAACAUAGAGGAGGACACGCCAUCAUACCAUCGCCGCUAUGACUUCUUUGUGUCCAAGUUCAGUGCCAUGGCUCACAACAACAACCAGGCUCCUGAUGUCAGAAUUAAAGUUCGAGUUGCAGGACUGAGAGGAUUGCAGGGGGUAGUGAAGAAGACAUCUAGUGAUGAGUUACAGGUGAAUAUAUGGGAUAAGGUGCAUAUGGACAAGAUUGUCCCCUCCCUUCUCUACAACAUGCAUGAUGAGGACAGCCCGUCACCCUCCCCGUCUGAUGACACGCAGCAUGCCAGUCAGCACCAGGACACCACACGUCCCACCACGGUGGCAGAGACAUGUCUCAGGGACCUGGUCUGUCGCGCCGCCUUCGGGAGCAUCAAGUCUGUCCUCAAACCCGCACUCUGUCACCUUGACAACCACCAGCUGUGGGUUCCUAAUCGCUUUGCAGUAAAGUGUUUCAAGAUCAUCAUGUAUUCCAUGCAGUCCCAAUAUUCCCACGUGGCUAUCCAGUCGCUGCUAAGUCACCUUGACGACCACACGAGAGACUCCGCCCGUAUCAAGGCCAGCAUUGUUGGGGUACUGAAGGAGACGGUGUCGAUAGCAGCAGCAGGAUCAAUAGGACCUUCUGUGCUGGAGGUGUUUAACACAUUGUUACGUCAUCUGCGCCUGUCCAUCGACUACCAGCUGACGGGGAGGAGGGGCUCACAGGGAAGCAUCCACAAACAACCAAUCAACGAGGAGGAAGAGAAACUGUUCCAGGAGGCCAUCAUCACUACUGUUGGUGCAUUUGCCACUAUCUUGCCAGACUACCAGAAGAUAGAGAUCAUGAUGUUCAUCAUGGGGAAAGUGCCAAUCCCUCCACAGGACGGAGACAGCAGCAUGCUCUCAGCACGGGGAGUCCAGGGGGAGGAGGGGAAUCUGCUGUUGCAGAAUAUGCUGCUACAGAGCUUACACCAGGUGGCCCUGGCCUACACGUCCGUCUCCAUGACGACCACCUUCUCCACAGCGUUCCUGGACCCCUUACUGCGAGUCUCCCUGGUGGCCGACAUACGAGUCCGCCUGAUCGUACAGCAGAUUCUCCACACCCUCAUCGAUCGCCAUGGUAACUGUGAGAAGUUAGAAGAGAUCAGAAUACCCAAGUACAUCAGUGACCUUGAUCUGAAGGUUGAAAAGUGUUCCAGGCAAGACUUGGCCUUCAUGAGAAAGCAUGGCCCCCAGUUCUACUCCAUGCUGUAUGAGAACCUCCUGCAGCGUGACAACAGUGAUGAGAACUUCCACGCCAUCUACUGCACCAUGGCCCUGCUGUGUGUGGAGCUGGGAGGGGAGGAUGUCCUGGUGGAGCUGCUCAGACUCACACUCGGCCUACAGGAGAUUGUCUGCAAACCACAAGAGGAAUAUGACCUGUCAACUGCACACAUCUGUAAGCUCCACGCUGUCCUAGCUGCAUACUUGAACCUGAUCAGUCAGCUGACGGCCAUCCCUACCCUGUGCCAGCAUGUCACCCAGGUGUUGGAGACCAGGAAGCAGGAGGCACCUUACUUCUUGCCUGAAACUGCCUUCAUGGAGGGAGAUAGCCUGGAUCAUGUGACUCUGCCAGACACUGUGGACACAAAGUUGUUGUUCCACCAGAAUGUCAUCAAUGAAGCCAUGGCCAGCAGCGGGCACGAAGUCUCCAGACUGUCACAGCCAUUUGUUCCUCUUAGAUCAGAUUUCCCAUCUCAAAGCAGAUACAGUAUGGAUGUCCAGUCCAUCAACAUUGAGAUGGACCAGGUGGACACCCCUGGCAGAGAGCGGACAAGUUUCCGUGCAUGUUCUUUUGUGAAACACCCAGGAGAGGAAAUCACCUUUGAAACCCUGAAGAAAACCUUAACUGAGAAGACCCCAGAUGCAGAGGAUGAUGAAGCAAGACGACGGGAAGUUGUUGAAAAGUUCCAGAAUGCACCAUUUGAAGAGAUAGCAGCCCAUUCUGAGGCCAGGUCCCAGCAGCUGAACAACAAGCUGAAUGAGAUCAUGGACAUGGUGUCAAAACCAUCCGUGGAUGCCUCAGGCAGAGUGGUGUCCCUGUCAGGACCCUUCCAAGUCAAGUCUGUUCCUGUCUAUGAGAUGCAGUUCCCUGACUUGUGUGUGUACUAGUCCUGCCACACUGAUCUACCCUCACCCCUCCUCACAAAUGGACUGAUCCUAGUUGUGAUAAGCUUUAUUGUGUUUGGACUGUGUCACCAUGUCUAAGAGGGUGUUAAACAUUAAACUCAUUCUCAAGUCUUCCUUCAACUUUGAUUGUCUCUAAACUGCAAUGCAGUUUGUAUGUCUCACCUAUUUCUUUCCAUUACAUGGCAAGUUUCUUCUUUUUGUUCCAUCUGCUAUAAACACCCCUCUCUUACAAAUAGUAACACCUUCUAUGGAAAUGGUAGCCUGUGUAAAUUGCAUCCCACACGUAAUGUUUUGUGACUGGUACAUGUAGUAGUCUACUAGUGGAAACCUAUGGCAACAAUGACAGAAAUGUUAAUUUUAAACAUUGUCAGAUUAAAUGUUGAAUAGAAAUCAGAUGUAAUUCUGGCAUGUCUGGGGUACCUGAAUGUAUGAAACUGUCCAAAGCUCUACCCAUAUUUUAGCAGAGUAUAUUAAAUGUGUAAAUGUUAGUGUAAUGCUCACUCUGCAUGUUUCUGGUAAUUUGUUCCCUACAAGCUAAGAGAUCAAUUAGUGCUGUAUAUACUGUAUAUGUGACCUGUAUUGUCAACGUUUUGACAGUGUUCUGUGUAAAAAAAUCAAUGUUAACUUUGUGGUAAAAGCAUGAGCAAGUUCAAAUAGUCAAUGUUGAAAACCUGUGUAGUCUAAUGAAGCUUGAAUUAAGGACCUGGAAUAAUUGUACAUGUAACUGAAAGUGAUACAUUAUUUGUAAAAAAUAAAAGUAAUAAACAUUGUCUUCUCAAUACUAGGUAAUUGUCAUUAAAUGUAAAGAGAGAAACUUUAUCAAAUUAUUAAUAGGAUGAUAUAGAUGACAGAGAUUCCAAAUAGGUACAUAUAGAAGUUAGGCACCUGUUUCAUGCACUUAUCCAAGACAACUAGUAGUUGAAAUCUUGAUUGCAAGUGGAGUGAAUCGUAUUUUACUGAUGAAUGUCAGUUAGACUGGAGAGCAAAUCAAUAGAAAUGUUUUCCCUAAAUGUUGGAUCUAGUUUCAAAACGAAUGUUGCUACACGUAUUUUAUAGCACAGAUUGCUAUGGCAAUAAAACAUUGUGACAUUGUAACAAUGGUAGUGAAAGGAUAUGUGUAAUAAAGAGCAAUCGAUAAGGUAUUGCCUUUUUCAGUGAUUGAAUGUGGUUGAUGUUAGGGUCUAUCUUGUUAUAGAACAGAUUGCCUAAGUUCCUUUUCAGUGGUUAGUUCUGUCACAAGCUGCAGCGGGUUGAACAUCCUACGACAAAUGUGAUA